AUGGCUUCUUCAAGCAAAUUUGGGAAUGUUUACCCCAGACCUGCACCUGCUGGAUCUCAACAGCCACAGCCACAUGCAUUUUCUAGGCAGAACCAGAAUCCAAGAUUCAAAGGGAAGAAAGCAAAAUACAACCCCAAUGUCACCUGCACUUACUAUAGGAAAAAUGGACAUGUGGAACUUAACUGUUUCAGACUCAUUGGUUUUUCAGAUGAUUUUCAGUUUACACAUGACAAUGGUUUCAACAAUCAGGAACAAUACAAUCAGUUUGUAAAGAUGUUCAAACACAUGAAAAUGGAAGAGGGUACCAACUCAGGGAUGAAGAUCAAUGCUAAUGCAGUGGCUGGUACGAUUGUUAAAUAUCUUGGUUCAUGUUUUUCUGUCACUAACUCCAGCACUUGGAUCAUAGAUUCAGGUGCUUCUGAACAUAUGUGUUUUGAUUCAACAUCAUUCAGAUCAUUAUCUUCUCUUACUCCUCCCUUAACUAUUAAUCUUCCUAAUUGUCAAACUAUUUUAGUCACUCAUAUUGGGACUGACCUUUCAAUGAGGAGGCCUCAAGUUUUUGGUGAAGUUUCAGAAGGUCUAUAUAUGUUCAAGCCUAAAGUCAAAAAGUCUGUUUUCAAUUCCAGCAAGAACAAAGUUGUUUUGCCUUUUACAGUUUCUAAUAGUUCUUCAGUUUCCUUUCCUUGUUUCAGUAAUGCUAGUUCUUCUUCUUUACCAAAUUGUACUAGUACUACUCCUAAUGUAAAGUUAUGGCACAUUAGAUUGGGCCAUUUACCUUUCUCAUCAACGAACAAUGUCAGUUUCAUUUCAAUUCCUUCUAGUUCUGAUUGUUUUUGUGACAUUUGUCCUAAGGCAAGUACUAUUUCUCAUGGAAGGGGCAAGUUUGAACCAAGAGUUAAGGCAUGUGUUUUUCUUGGAUAUCCUUUAAAUCAAAAGGGUUACAAAAUCUUGGAAUUGGAUAGCCAUAAAAUAGUUAUAUCCAGGGAUGUUACUUUCUUUGAGGCUAUAUUUCCCUUCACUGUUACUUCUUCUAAUUCUACUUCAAUUUUUUCCACUCCAUCUCCAGACACUCAGUAUUCUACUGUCACUGAUUCAUCAUCUGAUGUUUCAGUUCCUAACAUUCCUUCUCCAAAUUCAUUCUCUUCAGAUUCUUCUCCUUCACCUCCAAACUGUCCUUCUCUUAAAACAUCUCUUGUAACUGAUUCUAUUUUGCCCACUGGUUCUAUCCCUUUAAGAAGAUCACAUAGAUCGACUAAAGGUACUCUACCUAUUCACCUUCAAGAUUAUUUUUGCAACAAUAUAUUUCUUAGUCCUGUAACUAAGUCUUAUUUUGCUGCCCCUAUCACCUCUACUGGUAUAUCUCCUACUGGGAUUUUACCAUUUAAUCAGCUCUUACUAGAAUCAGUUUCCCAGAUCACAGAGCCUAACAGUUACUAUCAAACAUCUCUUCAUCUAAGUUGGUCCAAAGCUAUGUAA